ACAAUACUAAACGAAUGCUGCGUAUUAUAUUUUGUAAUAACAAAAACGUACACACAAUAUGUUUUACGUCUGCGAGAACCCAUUAAAAAUGUGUUGUAAAUUGUAAAUAUAACGUACAAUUGAAAGGGACACGCGGUAGAAAAAUGGAUGUACAGAAUGUAUGUAUUAUUGAAAACGGGUGAUCCUGUGUGUCGAAACGAGCGCACCCGACCCCGCCCACCGCGACCAAGGAGCUGCUGGUGCUGCUGCAGUGCGACAUGUGAAGACAUGAUGUGCCUCCAAUCUUUUCUUCUUUAAAUCCUGUUGUAUGUACACCAAUCCUUCUGCCGGGAUGGCGGGAGCCUGUGUCCCAGGUCCUGGGAUGACCAGCUGUGUGACCAAGGUGGCCAUCAGUGUCUCCUGUGAACAUCUGAUGGACAUGGACGUCUUUUCCAAGUCUGACCCGCAGUGUGUACUUUACAUGAGUAAUGCUGGAAGCAGCUGGGUGGAGGUUGGCCGCACAGAGAGGAUAAUGAACUGCCUCAAUCCCACAUUUUCCAAGACAUUUGUCUUGGACUAUUAUUUUGAGAUGGUGCAGAAGUUACGCUUUGAAAUGUAUGACAUUGAUGACAAUGUCACCUGCAGUCUGCAAGAUGCUGACUUCCUGGGACAACUUGAGUGCACCUUGGGGCAGAUUGUGUCUUCCAACAAUGUGAAGAAACCACUUCUCAUGAAGGACAAGAGGCCUGCAGGAGCUGCAAGCAUCACUAUCCAUGCUGAGGAAAGAACCGACAGCAGGGUGGUGCAAUUGGAGGUGGCAGGUAGACAGCUGGACAAGAAGAGCUUCUUUGGAAAGUCUGACCCUUUCUUGGAAUUCUCCAAAGAGACGGACACAGGCUGGCUGUUGGCUCACAGGACAGAGGUGGUCAAAUACAACCUCAACCCAACAUGGAAGCCUUUCCGAAUCCCACUGCAGGCACUCACUGGAGGAGAUGUGGAGAAAUCUAUAAAGGUGGAUUGUUACGACUUCAGGAGCAGCGGCUCCCACAACCUAAUCGGCUCCUUCCAGACCACACUCAGCCAGGUUCAGCAGGCGUCUCAAACAUCCGUGGCUGAGUUUGAAUGCAUCAACCGGAAGAAGAAACAGAGCAAGAAAAGCUACAAAAACUCUGGUAUUAUAAUAAUAAAACAAUGUCAGAUUGUGAAGGAGUAUACUUUCCUUGACUUCAUUUUUGGUGGCUGUCAGAUGAACUUUACCAUCGCCAUUGACUUCACAGGCUCCAACGGGGAUCCCAAGUCUCCAAAUUCCCUGCAUUACAUCAGCCCUCAAGGCUUUAAUGAAUACCUCGCAGCCAUUAUGGCUGUGGGCAAUGUCAUCCAAGACUAUGACAGUGAUAAGAUGUUCCCUGUUUUCGGCUUUGGAGCCCAGGUCCCUCCAACGUGGCAGGUCAGCCAUGAGUUUCCUGUCAACUUCAAUCCUUCAAACCCUUUUUGUGAAGGUAUAGCAGGUGUAGUCCAAGCCUACCAGCAGUGUUUGCCACAGGUGAAGCUCUACGGUCCCACCAACUUCUCCCCCAUCAUCAACCAUGUGGCUACUUUUGGCAGACAGGCAUUACAGCAGCAAAGUGCCUCAGAAUACUUUGUGCUGCUCAUCAUCACCGAUGGAGUGAUCACAGACAUGGAUCAGACUCGCACCGCCAUCGUCCAGGCCUCACGUCUGCCCAUGUCCAUCAUCAUCGUGGGAGUGGGCGGAGCCGACUUCAGCGCCAUGGAGUUCCUGGAUGGAGACGACAGCAUUUUGAAGUCAGACCUUGGUGAAGCUGCCAUGCGCGAUAUCGUCCAGUUUGUUCCAUUCAGACAGUUCCAAAGUGUAAAGAUGGCGGGAACAUUCUGCAAGCUUGUCAACAAAGUCAUCACGUGUUGCUGCACCAGGAAGUACCCGCCCACUUUUAUCCACAGUAAGAGUUCUCUGAGGAAUGAUUGA